UUUGAUUCUUUCCCUUCUUAUUUCAAUCCCCAACAUUUUUCCCCUCUAGCUUCAGUUUCUACUACCUCACCACCACCUAAUUUCCUCCUAAACCUCGUGUCUCACACCAUCACAAACUCUCACUCUAUAAAAACACACCCGCACAACACCCAUCCACACUCACUUCCAUUUCCCUCAUGGAGUUUCAAAGACCCCUUUUCCUCUUGUUUCUCCUCACCCUUGUCUCAAGCUCCCAAGCCCUCAAAUUAAACGUUGGUGGAAACCAAGGGUGGGUUCCAAACCCUUCCGAGAGUUACAACAAUUGGGCCGGAAGAAACAGGUUCCAAAUCAACGACUCAAUAGUUUUCAAGUACAAGAAGGGUUCGGACUCGGUGUUGGAAGUGAAGAAGGAGGAUUACGACAAGUGCAACAAGAGCAACCCUAUCAAGAAGUUCGAAAACGGUGACACGGAAUUCAAGUUUGAUCGUUCAGGACCAUUCUACUUCAUUAGUGGAAAAGAUGGAAAUUGUGAAAAGGGUCAAAAAUUAAUUGUUGUAGUUUUGACCCCAAGAACACCACCAUCACCAAAAUCACCAACACAACCACCAAAGAUUUCACCUUCACCGUCGCCAAAGCCAAACCCACCAACCGUGUCGCCGCCGUCGCCGCCAGCCACCUCACCGUCUCCGGCCAUUUCUCCGGUGCCUUCCGCCGCACCUCCGGCGAAUUCUCCGGCCCCGGCCGGCGGACCCACGGCAAAUUCUCCGGGGCCGGCGAGCAUAACUCCGGCAGGGGCCCCCACAUCUACACCGUCAACCUCCCCUCCGGCGCCGGCACCGGAGACGGGGACCCCACCACCGGCACCGGGUUCAUCACCGCCGGCGCCGCCGGGAGCAAAUCCGACGCCGGCACCGUCGUCUAAUUCAACCGGGCCAUCACCGUCGUCAAAUUCAACGGCGCCGUCACCGAAAAAUAGUGGAUCAUGUGUGUCUCCUUCAAUUGUGUUGGUGUAUUCGCUUACAAUUGUUGUUGGGUCUGUGUUGUUGCGUUAUUGAUCAACCGUUUUGGGUUGAAUUUAAAACAUACAUUAGUGAGAUGUUUUGUAUUUUGGAGUUUGAUAUUGUUGUUUUUAAUUUGAUUUGGACAUGGUUUAGUAGCAUUAUUGUUCUGUGAUCGUGAGUUUUACAUUGGAAUUUCACUCUGAUACAUGAUUUAUUGUAGCAUGAUUUAUGGAACUUUAGCUUCUGGUGCCA